AAGAAACACUGGCCCAUUUUAUGCCUUUUCGUACUUGUGCAGUCAGUCCAGCUGGAUGACAAGUACUGGGGACCUCACUUGUCAGGGAAUGUAAUUGGGCAAGUGCCUGUGUUAUUCCUGACUAGGAGAGGGAGUUGAGUCCUGUUCAGACUAAUUACACCACUGAUGCUCUUAUGGGACAGCCAUUCAAAGUCUUGUGGUUCAGGGUGACAGUGCAUGGACUGCAUUUGAAGCCAGAGGAAUAAGGUGACCUGAGUUUCACAGGGCAAGAAGUCUCUGAGCACUCCGUCUGAGUGUUUCUCUGCUUCCAGAGGCAGGCGAACGAAUGAAGAGUGAAUUCACACUUUAAAGAGCAGCGAAGACCAUCUUGCCAUGAAACCAUUCACAGAUGAAGAUGUAGAAAACUACAUCCAGAGCAAGGUGGAACGGCGUCAUCACCUGGUUUCCAAAGCAGUGGAGGAGGUGCAGAAAAUCAUCCAGCAGCUGACCACAGAAAUCAGCCAUAAGGCCACACGAUUCCAGGCUAUCUCCAACUCUGGCAUUCACAAUGAGAACAUUAAGGAUCAGCCAGCUUUACUGGCCAAGUGGUCAGCUAUGCUUCGGAGGAAGCGCCCAUUCCACCCAUCUAUCCAGGUCUUAGCACCCAGCCAGUUCCUCAUCACAGUCCCUCUGCGUGGCCUGACUGGGUACAGGGAAUGCCAGGUACGGCACUGGCGGUAUUACACCGUAAAUGGAGCCAAGCUCCUCUCCUCCGUGCGGGACCCUGAGGAAUUGCAUCAAUGGCUAGAGGUGGAGCAGUUCUCAAAAAGCCUUCAGCAGUGGCAUGAAGAGGAUGUGAACAUCGAAGGUGAUCUGGUUCCAGCCAAAGUCCUUAUCGUCUUCCGGGAGCUGGUGGAGAAGUCGAUUAUCUCCUGUAACCUCUCCAGUAAAGUGACGGUGCUGGAGAGCUUCAGCUCAGUGGUCCGUGUGGCUGUGGAGACAUCAGAAUCCCAGGUUGAGGUGGAGCUGGUCCCUGCUGUGGAGAUUCCAACUUGCUGGCCCGAGAAGGCCCGGUGGCCUCGUUGCCUCAAGCGUUGGCCUUCUCAGGAAAAAGUGCGGUGCAUCAAGUCACUGGGUUUCGACCUUUUGGCCCGCUCCAAUUAUCACUGGCAGCUGUGCUUCUCCCGUGCUGAGCACAUACUCAUGGAAGGACUUGAUGAAGAUGGUGGUUGUCGCAUGAAGUGCUUCAGGGUCAUGAGGCAGAUGAAGGAGGAUGUCUGGUGUGCUGGAAAUAAGCCUGUCAUCACAGCUUAUCACCUUCAGACAGUGCUAUUCUGGACGUGUGAAAAAUACCCACGCACCAAGGAUUGGCGCUGCUUCCCUGAAGCCUUUCUGAGGCUGGUACAGAAGUUGCACAAGUGUGUAAGCCAGCACUUCCUCAAGCAUUACUUUCUCAAGAACACCAAUCUGCUCAAAUAUGCCAACACCAGUGACCUGGACCUCGUGGCCAGCAAGCUUGCAGUCUUCUUGGAGAACCCAGUCUUCUGCCUGGACUGAGGCAGGCAAAGGUCUCCUCACCCCAACCCUGAGCCAAUCCUCCACCUCCUCUCCCCACCUGCAGUUGUUCUUCAUGUCCUUCCAGUAGAUGUUGCAGCUGGCUUUGUAAGACAGUUGGCACAUGCAGCAUGAAAGAGAAGUGUCAAGCUGGCAGCAGUGGGCGGUGAAAACUGAUGGAAGGUAUCGCUUGAUGCCCAGCUGAUCUAAUUUGCUUUCAACUGUGACAGCCUGCCUGGAAGCUACAGCCAGUGAAACCCAACUUCGUGUCAGUCAGAACAGGCAACUGCCUUGUUCUCUGACUGUAGUCUUGUGGCACUUAAGCAGAAAAGCAGUGCAAAGGAGUCUCGCUCUGCUGCCUAUCGCCUCUGUAAUUUAGCACGUGUAUUGUUGCUGCAGUUGCCUUCCUCACAAGGACAGCGGGUUUAAUUGCCUGCUUGCCUCACAGGCCAGCACUGCAGAAGAACACAGGAACAUUUCUGAGGUGCCCAAAGCUGGAAGCUUUCUCAGAGACACUUUGAAGUCUCCAUCUCCAAUUCAAUGGGACCCUGCUCCAGUAAGAAGACAACCAUGCUGCUAGUGUUGAAUAGCUCAACAAAAGCAAGAGGAGGAACAGUGGGGUUUUGCUUCCUCUUCGUUUUUCUCUCCUGCACUUAUAUUUUUCUUCCAAUUCCUUCAAAUAUGUUUUCUUCUUGUUUGCCUUUGCCAGUUGUGUUAGUGCCAUACAACCACGGGGCUUUGCCAGAGCAGAUUUCACUGCCAUUCCUGGCUCCACCCAGCAGGCUGGAGGAGGAGCAGGUCUUUCCCUAGUUUUUAGCACCCAUGUAUUUUUUGGGUGCCGUACAGAAGGAGAAUAUUUUUCAAAGGCUGUUAGCUCCAACUCCUCCCCCCCCCAGUGCUUUUAAUAUUAUGGAUGUUUAGAAAGAAAAUCAAUUUAAAUCUUUCAAAAGAACAGAGUUGUAGAAUGAGUGUAAAGAAUGCUGGGUUUAAUGUUAUUAAAUCAGUGAAACUAAACCAAA